AUGACCUCCUUUGCCGAAGCCAUAUCCCGAUUAGCUCUAUCUUCCAACAAUAACCAACUCACCUCUCAACCUUCAAGCUCAAGUGCACUUCCCUCUCAACCACUACCUAACCCCAAGGGUGGCCUCAAUACCAUCACCUUGAGGUCUGGCACCACACUACAAGAGAGAAGUCAUAAGGAGACCACUCUAGAUAAAGACAUUGUUGAGGUGGAAGAUAAGGAAGAAGUACAAAAAGUUGUUGAAGAGGAAGUUGCUCAAGUAAGAGAAAGAGGUUCUAAAGAAGAUAUGCUGAAAGAAGCCAUUCCAAUCUCAUUUUCAAGCUUGGCAAAGAGGACCAAAAAGCAAUUGGAGUUAGAUCCAAAGAUGGUGGAUAUCUUCAAAAAGGUUGAGGAAAGGAUUAAUGAAUUGGAAACUAUUCCUUUGGGUAGUUUAAUUUUUGCUUUAAUGGGUGCUAUUUCUGAAAAAUGUGGGGAUCCUGUACCUUGCUUAGUUUCUUGCACUAUAGGUGGUGUACAAUUUAUGGAUUGUAUGUGUGAUCUUGGUGCUUGUGUGAGUAUUAUACCUUUGUCUGUUUAUGAUGAAUUGAACCUUCUACCCUUGAAACGGUUGGCGGAACUCUUUGUUUUGGCCGACAAAAGUAUUAUUUCUGUGGUUGGUAUUGCUGAGGAUGUCUUAGUGAGCAUCAAGGGAUUGACUUUUUCGAUUGAUUUUUGCAUCCUUGAGAUGCCUCCUAAGGAUUUCGGGAAACCGUCAUCCAUCUUAUUAGGGAGGCCCUUCUUGAAGACCUCUCAGUUUAAACUUGAUGCAUUCUCAGGCACCUACUCAUUUGGGAUUGACGGUAGAGCGAUAAGCUUUAAUUUAGAUAAGGCUAUAAAGCAUCCACCGGAAGACCACUCUAUCUUCCGGUGUGACAUUGUUGAUGAGGUUGUGGCCGAGGUUCACCCUGAGAUCCUUGAUGAGAUGAAUUUGAGCAAAAGGGCAAGUGUGGAAAGCUAA